GCUAUUACUACCACUUCAUACAACCCAAACACCCUCUGCAAGUAAAGACAUCAUGGCUUUUUAUGCAUAUAUGACGGGUGAUACCAUUAAUCCUGGUGCCUCGCGCACUUUAAUCUUUGAUAAAAUAAUCACCAAUGCUGGAAACGGUUAUCACAAUGCAACUGGAGCUUUCAUUGUGCCCAAAACUGGCUUUUAUGUUUUUACAUGGUCCAUGCGUUUAGUUAACGGGGCUUAUCACCAAGCGGAACUGGUACACAAUCACAACGUUAUGGGUGUGGCCUAUCUCUACGCCCCCACUGGAGACCAUACAGUCAGCGAUGCGCUAGUCAUUCACAUCAAUCAAGGGGAUGACGUUUUCAUUAGGACUCAAUCCGGGGCCAAUGCUGGGAACAUUGAAAGUGGAACUGGUGGACGAACAGCAUUUUCUGGAUGGAGACUAAAUUAGAUGUAAUUGACAAU